GGGGGCUGCGUUUUAUGCCCGCAGGUACAGACAUUGGUGAUCCCCCAUUGUAGGCUCCACUUUUCUGCUAUCUCGGAGUACUCCUACUUGAUCCGGAGUCCACUUCUGUGAUGCCUCCGAAAAAGGCAACGGCGGCCCAGAAGGGCAAGGCGAAAGUGGCAGAGACUAGUCGGGCACCGAGAGUCACCGUUACCCGAGCUCGAGCUCAGACUAUGCCCGGUAUUACACUUCAGUCAGAGGGAUCCAUUACACCACCGGCAGAGCCUGGAGCAGGUCCCUCAGCAGCUCCAGCGACUCCAGCGCCCGCAGCUCCAGCUCCUCAGUCAGGGGCGGAUGACAGGACAUUGACAGAGGCUGUGCAGUUACUGACUACCCUGGUAGCGGGACAGGCUCAGAGACACGGCCGGAGGGAUGAUGAUGAUGGCAGGCGGGACAGCCUGAGGGUUCGGGAGUUCUUAUUAUGUGGCCCUCCAGAGUUUUCCGGGUCUAAGCCCGACGAGGACCCUCAUGACUUUAUUAGGGGGAUGCGACGCUCAGUAGAUUUGGUCAGGGCUUCAGAGACCGAGUCUGUUGAGCUGGCUUCGCACAGGCUACGGGAUGUUGCUGCUCACUGGUACGAGUCUUGGGAGCUAGCUAGAGGCCGGGGUGCUUCCCCAGCCACUUGGGACGAGUUUGAGGCUGCUUUUCUCAGCCACUUUUUGCCUCCAGAGUUGCGGAGGGCGAGAGUGGACAGGUUUUUGCAGAUUCGACAGAGGGGCCGGAGUGUUCGUGAGUAUAACCUGGAGUUUGAUUCACUGGCCCGAUAUGCUCCGGCUAUAGUGGCAGAGAUGGCUGACCGGAUGCACCGAUAUGUGAUCGGGCUGGACCGUUACUUAGUUGAGUCCUGUAUGUCGAUGGCAUCACGGACAGAUAUGGAUAUCGCCAGAUUACAGGCGUAUGCUCAGGGGAUGGAGGACAGGUACCGAGCAGAUCAGUCCACUAGAGAUCGUGACAGGAGGCCGCCCAAGAGGGCUAGGUUCGCAGGUUAUUCCGGGGAUUCUCGAGGCGGACAGCCUCAGCAGCGGCAGUCAGGCAGACAGCUACCUCCACCCGGCCAGAGUACUCAGUCAGGCGGUCGGAGAUUUGAUAGUGCGGGACCGUCUGGGGCCGGUCAGGGCUCCAGAGCGGCAGGUCCACAGGUGUCCAGAGGCCCCAGCCAGCCCAGACCACCUAGGCCCCGUUGUUCUCAUUGCGGGAAGUCUCAUCCAGGGGAGUGUUAUCGAGCUACAGGAGCUUGUUUUACGUGCGGCGGUCAGGGCCAUUUUAUGAGAGAUUGUCCGUUGGCCAGCGGUUCCGGUAGUGUGGCUCAGCCGACAGGGUCAGCCGCCGGUUCAUCAUCUGCUCCAUCUGUUGCACGCCCUGCAGGGCGAGGUGUGCCGACAUCGGCGGGACGCGGUCGAGGCCGCGGUGGCGUUGCAGGUUCUAGCGGUCCUUCGAACCGCAUAUAUGCUUUGGCCAGCCGCCAGGAUCAGGAGGCUUCGCCAAACGUCGUCACAGGUACAGACAUUGGUGAUCCCCCAUUGUAGGCUCCACUUUUCUGCUAUCUCGGAGUACUCCUACUUGAUCCGGAGUCCACUUCUGGUAUAGACAUCUGUUGCUGUAUAUAUUUUGUAUAUUUGGCUGUUUGGGUACGGCGGGGCCCUGUCCCGCCAUAUGAUUCUGUCGGUCUGUUAGAGGUCUGUGGACAGGGUUGUGGGUUAUGGUCCUUAGGUAUGGUUAUGUGAACAUGUCGUUGUGCGAUUCUCAUAUACUGAGGCGGCCAGUCCGCAUGUUUUGAUUAGGCGAUUCUAUACGCCGAGGCGGCCAGUCCGCGUUUGAUAUAUGUAUAUAUAUUGUCCUGUUAGCCCUGA